AUGAAGCUGAAAUCGGGAUUCCGCAUGUCUCCUAAGAUUGGUUCUUCACGACCACUAAAGAAGGAAAAAGAGAAGGAGAAAGAUAGUUGCGAGAAGCCUUCUCGGCGACGGUCCCUUACUGAAUCUGUCCAAAGCUUGGUCAAACACGCUUUCAGUCGUCGUGACGAUAACGGCUCACGCAAAAGCGAUGGGCAUAAUAUGGGAAACAAUGGAGGAAAGCGCACCUCAUCCGCAAAGACUGCCACUUCCUCGUCUUCUUGGGUCAAGCUCCCCCCUCCUUCAGACGAUAUAGUUUCUUCUCCUUCUUCUUCCUCCUCCUCUUAUUAUUCUUCUGCUUCUCAUAUCAAUACUGUUCAAACUCCUCUAAGGGAAGAACAACAAGAAAUACAUGAAGAGAAUGAAACGUCGCAGCUCUCUCUUCCUGAGGUACCUUCUUCUUCACCGUCGUCUGAUCCGAUCGCUACGUCGUCACGGUUGCCUAAGAUUCGAGGAAAGGCAGGCCAACAGAAGGAGAAACCCUCGAGAAUUCCGACGCCGACGAAGACCUCUUCAGCAGCUCUUGGUCCCUCCAAGGCAGCUCAGUGUCAGGGUCCAGGCACCAUGAACACAUCCGCUUCAGAGAAAGUAGAUGAGGGUAAGGACCAUUGCGUCGCAGCCAUGGUAGUGGAUAUGGAGAAAGAGGGCCUCUUUAAGCAACCACUGCAGCGACAGGAGAACCUGAGAGGAGGAAUAGAUGGAAAGGAGAUCAAAGAAGUGACCUCCAGCCCGCCCAAGAACCAGCAGGCAGCUAGACGGACGAGUCGGCUUCCUAGGUCAUCAGGACACAACACUCCCAUUGCUUCUCCCGAAAAGCGAACCACGAACAUGAGGAUGUCUCUUCCUGCGUCAAAGUCAUUGUCUACCGGUUUGUCGUCUGUCCAGACAUCUCGUCGUGGAUCCUUGCCGCAUACCAGUUUGCCUAGUAACUCCACUAGGAAGCUGUCAACAACAGCAGUGCCACAUGGAAAUCGGAAGGACCCUGCAGAGCCGUACCUUGCAGUUACAUCCCCUGGUAGAAAUGUUACUGGACGGAUUGCUGUACAGACAGACCGAAGACAAUCCAACGUUAGAGUGUCCAGUAUUGCACAAAGGCAGCUUCUUGGACCUCUGGGUCCGCCUAUGCCACGGAGCCAAACUUUUAAUAGCUUUGCUCAACCUCAGAAAGCCAAGCAAAUUCCAUCAGGAAAAAGGAUCAUGAGUAAAGUGCCGCGAAUUUCAGACGUUUCAGACAGGAAUGGCCACGACAAACCGCAGAAUGGUAACGAACACGCAGAGAUCGUCGAAAUACUCAAGGCUACGCGCCUGUCCAAAGGUGAAAUUGAAGACGAAGAGCCGAAGAGACCACGGAAAUCCGAUGUGAUAGAUGCUACAUCUCGAGAUUUUGAAGCAUAUGAGGUCGGAUCUAGUAUCCUCGAGGGAGCAAAGCAGGAAAUUGAAGACGAGGAGAAGUCAGAGAAGAUGGUUUAUGAGGCCAAGGAAGAGGAAUGGUGGUUAGGUCGCUUCAUGACCUUGAGCAGUGGCUUCUACUUCACCGAUUCCUUCGACUCGCCGGACCUGUUAACAUGGAUAAAGACAGACACCGGAAUUUCACGGCCACCUGAAUGUUUGGACGAGUAUCUGGGUGAUAUCCGUACCUGUCGUGUCUUUAUUCUUCUUGAGAGAAUGUGUGCCACCAAGGAAGCCAGGGAAUCGCUGCGACAUUUCCGAGACGAAUACAUAUCCAGUUCUGGUGACGAGUGGACCGAGUGGCUAUCUGAUGACUAUCGUCGUCGGUGGAGGCUAGAUAAUGUUGCUCGCUCCAAGGCAAACAUUCCGGAAGGAAACGUUCCGAAGGGGGACGGUCGUCGACCCUCGAGCAAGAGAAUCUAG